UUCUCGCCUCGGUCCCGUUCUAUUUUAAUAAGCCUUCCGGUGCAGCGGGUAAUUACUGUAACGAGCCGCAAAUGAACCGUAAUGAAACGCAAAAUUCUCCCCAAAAAGCCCUCACACGAGCCGCGGCGCGAAGCGCGAGAGUAAUAACCGUCAUUCAGGCAUCGGCGGGAAAAAAAACCAGGGGCGCGAGAGGAGUUGACACGCAUUACCCUCAGAGACCCCGUAUGUCAGCACCCUCGCGCCUCCCGCGCUUCCACAAUAAUUCCCCGCAGAUGAUCAGGAGGUGUCCGCAACGGCGCGCUUCUUCACCUCACACCCCCGUCAGCCACACGCAGCGUGACACACACACACACACACACACACACACACCGGGAGGAGCCGUCUACCCUUCCGUCACCCAUACCCGCCCCUGAGGACGGUGCGUCGUUGGCGGCGUCAAUAUUAUUUAUUAUUCCCGUUAGUCUCGGUAUUUAGCGCUGCAGCUGCUCACGGUGAUCGUUUAAACGGACGCGUCUAGUUGUCUUUGGGCGCGUGUUUUUGUCUUGUAAUGUGGAUUAUUGAGGCGGCAUCAGCGCGCGGUGAUGCUCUCCGUUAAAGGAUCGUGAAGCGUCGCGAGUCUAAAGGACCACUGUUGUGGAUGGUUGGGUGUUAGUGACGGUUUGUUUUGCUCUGAUGGCGAACAUGAGCAGUAGUGUGUGCAUGGAGACCCCACAUGCUCAUGGCCAUGCCCACGGCCACACCCACAACUACAACCACGCCCCUGGGCGGGACUUUCCCUUGCAGAUCGACUCUUGCGUGAACCCUGUGUUGGACUACAGUGCGCAGAUGGAGCGGUAUCGCUCUUUUGCUACAUUCUAUAAGAACAGCACGGCUGCCGCAGCUGCUGCCGCCGCCCCCUUUCCCCAGACGGCCAAAAUCGCUCGCAUCGCCACGCCCCUAUUUCCCUCCGCCCGCCUGUCGGCUAUGCCAACCUGGCCCUGUGACAACGCCAUGCUUUGGGGGCGAAAGCCUACCGCGGUUAACGGACCUCACUCACAUCGGACUGGCAUGUCGAGAGCGGAGCCAGUGAAUGUGCACAUGUCUGCCAAACACAUUCCACAAGACUCCGCCCUCUCAAUGGGUGCUGACAACUUUCUGUCCCCGUUGACAGCGGAGCAAUGUCGCGGUUUGCCUGUAACGGGGGCGGAGUGCAUGAACCGGCUGAAGUGCCCGCCGUCCGUGCCGCCUGGUGGUGCCGGAGAGGCAGACCGCGGUGGAACAUUCGGAGGGAUGCCACCACUGGGGGGUCUGUCACUGCCACCUGGGGUCAUCGUCAUGACGACACUUCACUCUGGUGCGGGGUCAUCGGGGGUCACGAUGUCAGACAGUGCGUUUCAGAUCGCUAACGUGGCGGCGGACUGCCAGCACAGCGGCUCAUCCUGCUCCGGCUCGCCCGCUGGUCUUAACGGAAAUGCUAACGGCAGCUGCAGCAAUGGUGGCGGGGCGGCCAAGCGCAAACGGAAGCGGUGCGGCGUGUGUGCCCCCUGCAGGAGGCUCAUUAACUGCGGCGUCUGCAGCUCCUGUCGAAACAGAAAGACGGGACAUCAGAUCUGCAAGUUCAGGAAGUGCGAGGAACUCAAGAAAAAGCCAGGCAGCUCGAUGGAGAGAGCGCCAUCAGCAGGAGCUGCCGACACCUUCCGCUGGUUCUUCUGAAAAGCUCUCCACAAAACCACAUGAUGAAACUGAACAAUAACUCAAACGGACUGCAGGUCAUAACACUACAAUCUACCCCGAGGUCUGAUCAUACUGCAGUCAGGGACUCAAAACCCCCCUCUCACUUUCUACCCCUCCCCCUCAGGACUCCCCUUUAGCCCUGGGGGCAUCAGGUGCAACCCGUCCCGCUGGAGCGACAUAAAAGGACAAGUCUCUGGUCUCCAGGUCUUGGACUGACCACACCUCACCCCAACACCAUAUGCUAAUGCACUUACAGAACCAGAGACUCGACUCCAGUCACAUCAGGACCCCAUCCAAGCUUAAAGGAAUAGAUGAACAUCACUCACCCUCAUGUCAUUCUAAACUCGUAUGAUUUUAUUUCUUCUGUGGAUGCGUAGAAGAAAGAAAGUCAAAAGGGUUUGAGUAAAUGACGACAGCACUAUUCCUGUAGACCACCUUUCUGUUGCAUGGGUAGAAAAGUGUUUCGUUUUUAACUAAAGACUUGAAAAAAAUGACUUUGUUUAUUGCUGUUGUGACACCUCACUGUCUUGAUGAGUAAGAGACUCUUAAGAUGGCUCGUUGAUUAAAUGUGAUGCUUUUUGAACUGUGA